CGCGCAGACACGCCGCGGGAUCACAGAGACGCGCGCCGCCGACGAAGAUGACGAUGAUGAUGGAGAUGCAGUAUAAUAACAAUAACAACGGAUAUGGUCUGGAGGAGUACAUGAUCCAGGAGGAUGAGUGGGACCGAGACCUGCUGCUCGACCCCGCCUGGGAGAAACAGCAGAGGAAGACGUUCACGGCCUGGUGUAACUCCCACCUGAGGAAAGCGGGGACUCAGAUCGAGAACAUCGAGGAGGACCUGAGGAACGGCCUGAAGCUGAUGCUGCUGCUGGAGGUCAUCUCAGGCGAGAGGCUUCCCAAACCCGACCGAGGAAAGAUGCGCUUCCACAAGAUCGCCAACGUGAACAAAGCUCUGGACUACAUCACCAGCAAAGGAGUGAAGCUGGUGUCCAUCGGAGCCGAGGAGAUUGUUGAUGGAAAUGUGAAGAUGACUCUGGGAAUGAUCUGGACCAUCAUCCUCCGCUCCGCCAUCCAGGACAUCUCAGUGGAGGAAACCUCUGCUAAAGAAGGACUCCUGCUGUGGUGUCAGAGGAAAACGGCGCCGUACAGGAAUGUUAACGUGCAGAACUUUCACUGCAGCUGGAAGGAUGGUCUGGCCUUCUGUGCUCUCAUUCACCGACACAGACCCGACCUGAUCGACUACUCCAAACUCAACAAGGAUGAUCCUCUUGGAAAUCUCAAUCUGGCUUUGGAAAUUGCAGAGAAACACCUGGACAUCCCCAAAAUGCUGGACCCUGAAGACAUCGUUAACACCCCGAAGCCUGACGAGCGGGCCAUCAUGACGUAUGUGUCCUGCUUCUAUCACGCGUUUGCUGGGGCCGAACAGGCAGAAACGGCGGCUAACAGGAUCUGUAAAGUGCUCGGAGUGAAUCAGGAAAAUGAGAAACUGAUGGAAGAAUAUGAACGACUGGCCAGCGAGCUGCUGGAGUGGAUCCGUCGCACCACGCCGUGGCUGGAGAAACGCACCCCUGAGAACACCAUGGACGCCAUGAGACGCAAGCUGGAGGAUUUCAGAGACUACCGGCGCGUUCACAAACCUCCCAAAGUCCAGGAGAAGUGCCAGCUGGAGAUCAGCUUCAACACGCUGCAGACCAAACUCCACAUCAGCCACAGACCGGCGUUCAUGCCCUCCGAGGGGAAGAUGGUGUCUGACAUCGCGGCGGCGUGGCAGGGUCUGGAGCAGGCUGAGAAGGGUUACGAGGAGUGGCUGCUCAGUGAGAUCAGACGUCUGGAGCGGGUCGAGCAUCUGGCCGAGAAGUUCCAGCAGAAAGCAGCGACGCAUGAGAGCUGGGCACAAGGAAAGGAUCAGCUGCUGACUCUGAAGGAUUUCGAGAGCGUGUCUCUGACGGAGUUGAGAGCUCUGCUCCGGAAACACGAGGCGUUCGAGAGCGACCUGGCUGCACAUCAGGACAGAGUGGAACAAAUCGCCGCUAUAGCACAGGAACUCAAUGAACUGGACUAUCACGCCGCUGCUGUCAUUAAUGCACGCUGUCAGUCGAUCUGUGAUCAGUGGGAUCAGCUGGGAACUCUGACCCAGAAACGGAGAGAAGCUCUGGAGAGGACGGAGAAACUCCUGGAGACCAUCGAUCAGCUGUUUCUGGAGUUUGCGAAGAGAUCGGCUCCGUUUAAUAACUGGAUGGAAGGAGCCAUGGAGGAUCUGCAGGACAUGUUCAUGGUCCACUCAGUGGACGAGGUUCAGAAUCUGAUCUCAGCUCAUGAUCAGUUCAAGACGACGAUGCCCGAGGCAGACAGUGAGCGUCAGGCCAUUCUCAGCAUCUACAACGAGGUGCAGAAGAUCGCUCAGAGCUACGGGAUCUCCAGCAGACUCACCAACAUCUACUGUGACAUCACACCCGCCAUCAUCAACCAGAAGUGGGAGAAGGUGAAGAAUUUGGUUCCUCAGCGAGGCGGCGCUCUUCAUGAGGAAUUGUCCCAACAGAAUGCUAAUGAAAGACUCAGACGACAGUUUGCAGCACAAGCCAAUGCCAUCGGACCCUGGAUACAGACACGCAUGGAGGAGAUCGCUCGCAGCUCUGUAGAUCUGGGUGGCACACUGGAGGAUCAGAUGAACCAGCUCAAACAGUUUGAGCAUGAUAUCAUCAGCUACAAACCCAACAUCGACCGGCUGGAAGGAGACCAUCAGGUCAUCCAGGAGUCGCUCAUCUUCGACAACAAACACACCAUCUACACCAUGGAGCACAUCCGUGUAGGAUGGGAGUUACUGCUCACCACCAUCGCUCGCACCAUCAACGAGAACGAGACGCAGAUCCUGACGCGUGACGCUAAAGGAAUCAGUCAGCAGCAGCUCAACGACUUCAGAUCCUCCUUCACACACUUCGACCGGAUUAACCAAAAGACAGUUUACUGAAGGUUUGACCGGUUAACUUCGGCCAAACAGGAAGCCACUGCAAACUAAAACAGCCGUCACGCUGAGACACUUUGAGUCCAUUGAGCUAACUAAGAAGAAGGGCGGCAUGGAGACGGAUGAUUUCCGCGCCUGUCUGAUCUCCAUGGGUUAUGAUCUGGGGGAGGCCGAGUUCGCUCGCAUCAUGUCUCUGGUGGACCCCAACGGCUCCGGCCUGGUCACCUUCCAGGCGUUCG